CCAGCUCUAGCCGGGCCCCUCCCACCUCGCCCAGGGGCCCACGAGCGACCGCCCCACACCUAGUCUUCGCGCUCAGCCCCGCCAGCGCCACCCCCCGCGGGCUGGAGGGGCUCAUGCAGCCGCCAAGGGAGAGGCUAGUGGUAACAGGCCGAGCUGGAUGGAUGGGUAUGGGGAGAGGGGCAGGACGUUCAGCCCUGGGAUUGUGGCCGACCCUCGCCUUCCUUCUCUGCAGCUUCCCCGCAGCCGUCACCCCCUGCAAGAUCCUCAAGUGCAACUCUGAGUUCUGGAGUGCCACGUCGGGCAGCCACGUCCCCGCCUCGGACGACGUACCGGAGUUCUGCGCGGCCCUGCGCACCUACGCCCUGUGCACGCGGCGCACAGCGCGCACCUGCCGAGGCGAUCUGGCUUACCACUCGGCUGUCCAUGGCAUAGAGGACCUCAUGAGCCAACACAACUGCUCCAAGGACGGCCCCACCUCCCAGCCACGCCUGCGCACGCUCCCACCCGCUGGGGACAGCCAGGAGCGCUCGGAUAGCCCCGAGAUCUGCCACUAUGAGAAGAGUUUCCACAAGCACUCAGCUGCCCCCAACUACACUCACUGCGGCCUCUUUGGGGACCCGCACCUCAGGACUUUCACAGACCACUUCCAGACGUGCAAGGUGCAAGGCGCCUGGCCGCUCAUCGACAAUAAUUACCUGAACGUGCAAGUCACCAACACGCCUGUGCUGCCCGGCUCUGCCGCCACCGCCACCAGUAAGCUCACUAUUAUCUUCAAGAACUUCCAAGAGUGUGUGGACCAGAAAGUGUACCAAGCGGAGAUGGAUGAACUUCCGUCCGCCUUUGCGGACGGCUCCAAGAAUGGCGGAGAUAAGCAUGGGGCCAACAGCCUGAAGAUCACAGAGAAAGUGUCGGGCCAGCACGUGGAGAUCCAGGCCAAGUACAUCGGCACCACCAUCGUGGUACGCCAGGUGGGCCGCUACCUGACCUUUGCUGUCAGGAUGCCCGAGGAGGUGGUCAACGCCGUGGAGGACCGUGACAGCCAGGGCCUCUACCUCUGCCUGCGGGGCUGCCCGCUCAACCAGCAGAUCGACUUCCAGGCGUUCCGUGCCAACGCCGAAGGCCCUCGGAGGCCGGCAGCUGUCAGCCCCUCUCCUGUGGUCCCCGAGACAUUCCCGUAUGAGACAGCCGUGGCCAAGUGCAAGGAGAAGCUGCCGGUGGAAGACCUGUACUACCAGGCCUGUGUCUUCGACCUCCUCACAACGGGGGACGUGAACUUCACGCUGGCCGCCUACUAUGCCUUGGAGGAUGGCAAGGUGCUCCACUCCAACAAGGACAAACUGCACCUGUUUGAAAGGACUCGGGAGCUGCCAGGGGCUGUGGCUGCCGCCGCGUCCCCCUUGGCCCCCCGGGUGCUCCUUGGCACCUUCACACUGGCCCUGCUGCCCGCGUUGUGGUAGACAUUUGGCCAGCCACAGAGGAUGCAGAGGGAGAGGCAGGCUCCGCACGGGAGCCUUGGGCUCUCGCCCCUGGCCUCUCCUUUGUCUGGGGGCCCUUUUGAGUCAGCCACAGGAUGCAGGUGGGCUCCCUAGGACCCCCGUGUUCUCUGCACCAUUCAGCAACAGAGGUGGCCCCUGGCUGAUGAUGGCCGGUGCCGAGCCAUGCUCAAAUGUUUUGGCCGAGGCUCAGGGCCUGGGACAGCUCUCCUCUCUCUCUCUCUCUCUUAGUGCACGCGACAAGGUUGUGGUCAUUGGUGCUGUGUUUUUGUGACGGUAGAGUUUUGUGAGAGGGAGAGAGCAGCGCCCUCCACCCCACCCCCACCUUGUGAAUGUGCAAACCAGAGGCCCCCCCCCCUAAGCUGAAGCCCCACCCCCGUUACCAGAGAGACACUGGGAAAGUCGGCUCCUCCCACACCCUCCCACACAAUGCACUGAGACAGGCCCGGCUGAUGGCUGCACACCUACUCUGGGGCCUCUUGUGCCCCCCCCACAUACGCACGCACACACUGUUACACAAGCACACUCGCACACACUUAAGCCCGUGGGGACACCCCAAGCCACCACGUCAGUGGGACUAAAGCAGUUCUUUCCCUAGGCAGGGCCUCCUUAGCAAUAUGACAUCCCCAGAGGGCCCUCGCUCGGCAUCUUUGGCGAAUGGACGUUACCUUGUGGCCAAUAGGCUGCACCCUCCUGGUACCUCCCCCCCCCCCCCCCCCAGUGUUACACAGAGAUUUCCCCGUGCGUCCGGCUACUGUGGAUGUGAGUUCGAGGUGCCGCCGUUCCCAGGCACCAGCCUGCAGAGCCUCCGGGUUGGAGGGAAGGUAUGUUUUGGCUUGAGGUCUAAGCAGGGCCACUCAUGGGCUCAGAUCCCCAUCUCCGGCUCCACCCUCUGCCCCUCUCCCAUUGCACUUAAGAAAUCAAAGUGCUUGGUUCUGAAUGUUUCAACAGAGAAGUGAUCCUUGGUUCCUGCUCCCCACCCCCAAUUGCCUCCCCACCCUGUUAGCGGGUAUAAGAGCCCCUCAGCAGGGGCCUUGGGGGCCUCAGGGCAUGAGCAGCAGAGCCAGUGGACAGGGCCAGCUGGCCUGCCCUGUCCUGCUCUCUCCUCACCCGCCUCCUACACUUCCCUGACUGCUGGUCGGCAGCUCCACUCCCCGCCCCAGCCCUCUUGCCUGGAUUUCUUGGUGGAAAGAACAGUGUCUAAGAGACCUCCCAGCACCAGGUUCCCCCAGCAGGGUCUCCUUCCACUAGUACCUUCUUGAAACUCUCCGGCCACAUGGCCAGAGGCCUGCCAUGGGGAGCCUAGCUUUCCUUCAGCUCAAGGGGAGCACCCCUCCACAGAGCCCAGAGCCAUUCCCAUCUCUGCUGCUGUUCCAGAGGCCCCCCCAAGGGACCAGCAUGGUGGCGCAUCUGGCCCCAUGGGCCACCCAGCCGGUGGCCCUGCAACCCACCCUAGCCCCAUGCAGCAGCCCUCUGCUGCUCCCCAGGGACCUCUCAUACACUGGCCAGGAGGCUGCAGAACCUGCCCCUCCCUCCCAGAGGUCCUGACCCCUGCCAAAACCACGUGGGUAGCUGGAAAGGGUCAGCCCGGCCCCGCCUCUUCCCUGCUGGUUUUUUAGGUAUCCCUAUGUUGGAAGUAAAAAAGUUGAAGCACUUUAUUUUGGUUGUGUUUGAUCACGUUCUGCUUGGAAGUGGGGACCCCUCACUGUGUCCACAUGUCUGCGACCUGUGUGGAGUAUCACUGCGUGUACAUACUGUAAAUUAUUUAUUAAUGGCUAAAUGCAAGUAAAGUUUGUUUUGUUUUGUUUUGUUAUUUUCUUUUAGAA